UAGUUUGCUGAAUCAAUAAGAUAUGGAUUAAGGAGUUGCAAUAUUCCUCUCAUUUUUUUAUUUACGGAUAACCAUAAAUAUGCAUCUCUUCUCCAACACAGGUAUUGUAGCAGAGAUUGAUUUGUGUUCUAAUUUGUUCUUAUUUCUUAUUUACUUUUUAAUAUCAUUUAAUUUCUUUAGUUAUUACAUAAUCUUGCAAAUUCUGAACAAGAUAACACAAUAUGAUUAAUCAUUUUCAUACUUUGAAAUUUUGUGCACUCUUUUUACUUGGUGUAUAUAUAUAUUAUUUGGUAGAAAAAAUAUUCCUUCCCUGAGGAAGAUGAGUCGAUUGUUCGUAAUAUUUGGGAAGAUAAGGCUAGGAUUGCUUUGAAUCAACAAUUGACACGAGCUCGCAAGAAAGCCAUGUCAAAUGAAAACACUACAAAUAUUAUAGAUUGCCUUGAUAAAGGUCCUGCUUGGAUAAACAAUGACGACUAGAAUCAAAUGAUCAAAGAUGUUUGGUUCACCCUUGAAUUUCAAAGGAGGUCUGAAUCCGCUAGGAGGAAUCGAUUAACUAAAACAGAUGGCAAAAUAAGCACUCAUUCUGGAGGAACAGUGUCAUUUGCAUCAUAUCGAGCUAACAUGCAAGAGGAAGCUGGUGGAAAAGAACCUCCAUGGGAUGAUGUCUUUUCAGCUUUGCAUCAAAGUGCUAAGCAGUCUGGUAGCUUCGUCGACAACAAGUCUAAAAAAGUGGUUGAAAAUUAUAAAAUGGAGAUGAUUUCAAAGUAUGGAACUAAUCGGGAAAAUCAUCCUUCAUUUGAUGGAGCAGCUUGGUGUGUGGCUUCAGGAGGAGUUACAAAGGGUAGGGUAUAUGGUGCACCUCGUAUGCCAAAAUCUAUAGUUAGUACAAGCUCUUCAUCACAUUCCUACUCGGUGGAGUCAUCAUAUCCCAGUUCAUCGUUAAGAGCAUUGCAAAAGGAGAUAAAUAAUAAAGAAGAGGAGAUAAAGAAAAAAGAUGAUUUUAUUCUUGAAAUGAAACGGCAGAUGGAUUCCAUGAAAGAAUAUCUUGUGAACAAUCUUGGAUACCAUGGUGGGACAUCAAAUAUUGGCCAAGAUAUACCACCACCUAUGGCUCCCAAGAUAAUGACACCUAUGGGUCCCACAUCUCAACUAAUUUAUCGACCUACACCUCGAUCACUAUAUCCUGAUCCAUCUUGUGUCGAUCCACAAUAUCAUGGUUCGUCUUCGCAACCAACACCAUGA